CCGGAAAUGAGGAGUUCCGAGAGAGAUUUUGACAACAAAUCGAUACAUGCUAGAGGACGUCGAAACCCAUAUAAUAACACGAAUUAUAUUGCAGUAGCUACCUACGAUACCAAAGAAGAUGGCUGAAAACAUUUUUCUAUUUAUUCCAAAUAUUGUUGAUUAUUUGCGGGUCCUCACAGCUUUUAUUUCCUUUUACUACCUGCCGACAGACCCGUGGAGUGCUUCGUUUUGGUACUUGUUGAGUGGUCUCCUAGAUGCUAUUGAUGGACACUUAGCAAGAAUGCUGGACCAGGGAAGUAAACUAGGAGCCAUGUUGGACAUGCUGAUUGACCGCUGUGCCACGAUGUGUUUAAUGGCUGCCCUUUGUCACUUCUACCCUAAGUACAUGCUUUUUUUCCAGUUCAGCAUGGCACUGGACAUCACUAGCCACUGGUUCCAUGUGCAGAGUUCUUUGAUGAAAGGAGGAGACAGCCAUAAAAAGCUGGACCUGGCAGCCAACCCCAUCCUUAGACAUUACUAUCACAACAGAAUUAUUCUGUUUGUGAUGUGCUCUGCCAAUGAGCUGUUUUUCUGCAUGCUGUACCUGACAUAUUUCACUCCUGGACCAACAAUCCUGGGAAUCGGCUUAUUCCAGGCAAUACUCUAUGUUAGUGCCCCGUUAUCCUUCAUCAAGGCAGGGAUAAGUGCCCUGCAGCUGAUAGCAGCAUGUAACAACAUUGCUGUUAUUGAUCAGAGUGAUAGAGAGGCUAGAAAGACCAGAUAAAGAGAACUAGAUUAAUUGUAAUAGGAUUACAAUUAUAUGAAAGGGAGGAAACUCAGCAAAUAUCACCAGUACAGAGAACCCGUAUAUAUUUUUUCUACUGAAGGAAUUAUCAUUUUAUACUCUCUGAUGUUUUAUUUGUUUUUGUUUUAUUUGUCUUUAUCAUUCACUAACUGGUUUUAGUGAGGUGAAAAGAAAUGUGUGUGUAUUUUAAAUCAUAUAAAAUUUUGAUUUUUGUAAUAGUUGUGAUCAAGAAUCUAUGAAAUCCUCAGGCUGUUGAUAUAUUUUUAAAAACAUGAAAUGGCUCCUUAAUUAUCAAUUCUGUGAAAAUAAAGUUAUCUUAAUGUAAACUGAACACAUUAAAUUAAAAUUGAAUUUGAAUCAUAGAUUAAAGAUGUAUAUUAUGUAGUGAACAAAUUGAUAUGACAAUGUACAUCAUGCAAAAGAAAUUGAUGAGCAAAGAUAACACUUGAACUCUUGUAAUGAACACAGAUCCAAUUUAUUUUUGUCUCCAACACCAAUUAUUUUUACCUGUACCAAAUAAUGUUUAGUUUUGUAUUAUUGGAGUUUGAGCUUUACUAUUCUAAGUUAGAGAUGAACAGAAUGCAUGUACUAUAACUUGAAUAUAUGAAUAUAUAUAUAUAUAUAUAUAUAUAUAUAUAUAUAUAUAUAUAUAUAGAUAUGGUGUGACAGCGUGGCGAGAAUUCCAUCGUCAUCGAAAGCAAGUUUUAAGACUUGCCUAGAUGGUCGAGCGGUCUAGCGCGCUGGUUACAUGCUGCUAGGAGAUUUGGUUCCGCAGGUCGUGAGUUCAACCCCGGGUAGGGGCGGAAGUGGGUAUCCACAUAAAGUGAAAUUUUCUGUGCUUUAUAUAUAUAUAUAUAUAUAUAUAGAUAGAUAGAUAGAUAGAUAUAGAUAUAUAGAUAGAUAGAUAGAUAUAAAUAUUGGUUAUUGAAGUUGAACAGUGUGAUUUUACUAAUUUACUAGUAAUAAUGUAUAUAUAUUAUUGGGGGUGGACAGAGUAAAUGGAACAGGGUCUGAGGGAGAAAUGCAUGGGGUGGGGGAGUGGGGAGAAAGGGGAUGAUUGAUGUAGAAAAGGGGGUAGGGGGAGGAAUAAAAGGAGGGAAUGGUGGAAUCCCCUUCUACUCCUAUAUGGUGAUUCCACUGUUAAAACAUACAAGUGUUGAUUUCAAAUUAAUUAUGUGUAAUAGAUAUGGAUAACUGUCUUGAGGAUGUUUGAAUUUUGACAAACUUUAGAAAUGGAUAGUUUAUAGGAUGGAUAGUUGAAUGUCAAUAUCAUUUUUACGUGCAAUAUACAGUUCUGCUUUCCUUUGUGUAGUGUAUAAGAUGUAUUAGAUACAUGUACAUUAGAAGGAAUAGUGCUUUAGCUGCAUGUCUUAGUUGACAUAAUGUGAGAAUGUACUCAGUUUACUUUUGUUCAUUGUAGCUAGUAAGUUAAAACAAUAUCGAAUAGAAGAUUUUAAUUGUCAAAAUACUGUUUGUUUUUGUUGUUAAAGUGAUUAAUUAAAUUGUAAAUUGAAUCUGAU